AUGGCUGGCAGCAAGAAGAAGGCCGUUGUGACUCCCAAGAAACCAAAGAAGAAACGAGAACGGAAGCCAGAAGUAGAAACCCCAGUGGAAGAGCAGAAAAUUGUGACGGUCAUUUUUGAUGAUCACGAGUAUACAGGUUACCUGAGGACGGAUAGCCUGUCAAAACGCUGUCUUGAUGGUGCAGCGUCCAAGUACAUUUGGCAGGAUGGGUCUAGAUAUGAAGGGCCCUUCCUGCAGAGCGAAAUCCAAGGUCAAGGAAAAUACACUUGGCCGGACGGUUCAACAUAUGAAGGUGCCUUGCAGAAUGGCAAGAGGCACGGUCAUGGUGUUUUCGUUGCAGCCGAUGGCAUCACAAAGUAUGAGGGCCAAUGGGUUGAAGGAAAGCGUCACGGUAGAGGGCGCUUGAUCUUUGAUGCUGAGGGGGAAUCCUUCUAUGACGGGGAAUGGUGCAAUGGAUGCAAGCAUGGCAAGGGCCGACAAGUCUGGCCCAGCAAGAACACCUAUGAAGGGUCGUGGGAAGAGGGCAGAAUGCAAGGUUCUGGCACCAUGACCUGGUCUGAGAAUGGCAUUCUGGAGGUGUACACAGGCGAGUGGGCCAACAAUUUGCCUCAGGGUCAGGGAAAGUACACCUGGCAUGCCACUGAAGAUGGCAUGUUUGGGAAGGAAAUGCCUGUACAACAGACAAACAACAGUUUCGAAGGGACGUGGUCAAAGGGUUUGAGAUCUGGAUACGGCACAUUUCAAUUUGCCAAUGGUUCCAAGUAUGAAGGUCAAUGGGCAAACAACUUGAAGCAUGGUGAUGGACGCUACACCUAUGAGGAUGGGCGUAUCUAUGCUGGAGAGUUCGUUCUAGAUAACAUGGCGAACAAUGAUGUUGCACAUCAACAAGAAUCGACUUCAUCUCAGGCACUGAAUCUGGGUGGCGCUGACAAUCCAGUGCGCAAAUGUGUGGAGAUUGCCGAUUUGGUGGGCUUCUGCUUACCAAAUGAUAGACUAAUCACGGAUCCCACAGAAAGGACUGGAUUUAGUGAGCCAAAUGAUGUCUUUCGGGAAAUAUACAACAUCCUUUUGCGGCACCUGGGAGACUUGAAGAAGCUCUACGCGAGCAUGCGCAAGAUGAUCCAGAGAACCACAGAUGAUCCGUGGCUCGUGUACAAGUUUCACAUGUGGAUUCUCGCAAGGGAAGCUGGAAUCCUUGCACCGGACUGCUCGCUCGCUCGACUGAAUCGCCGCAUGGUUUGUGGCCCUCGACAACAUGGGGAGGCGUUUCCUGAAGACGUUCCGGACUUGCGCCCGCUGACACCCAGGUCACUUCAGAACCGAGUACCAGGUGAUCCAGAGCCAAAGGUGACAAAACGAUCAUCGAAACCAGAAGAAGGUGGAGCAGAUUCAGCUGCCGCAGAGCAGGAAGCAGUUGAUGAAGAAGAAGAAGACGAUUAUGGUGAUGAGGAGGAAGAUGAGGAGGAUGGUGAGGAUGCGGAGGAUGCAGCAGAUGGAGACGAGCAAGAUGGCCAGAACAGCUCCCGAACCACGAAGAGUGGGAGGAGCCGGCAGAGCCGUGCAAGCAGAGUGAGCAGGGCAAGCAGGAGGAGUGGAGGCCGGGCGAGCGAGUACCAGGGCAGCAGGCGUCCAACAUUUCAGUCAUUCGGAACAAGGCAGCUGUCUUCUAUUGGGCCCAUUGAUUUCUUCUUUGAGCAGAACAAGUUCUGGAGGCUUGCAGAUUUUGAAGCAGCACUCAGACUUGUGGAUGUGCAUGCACCUGGUGCGGCGUUGAUGUUUCGGCAUUUCUUGGAAGCACUCGUGCGAAUGACGCCAGCGGCCUUUCCAGAAAAGCAGGGGCUGGAGUCCAUGCUCAAGGCGCUGCUUCAAGAGAGGGUGUUGACCAAGGCAGAUGGUCGAUUGAAUCCAGAGUGCUGCCGACCAUUUGAUUUCCUGGCCGAUGCCAACGUCUUGGAGGUGUUUGGGAGCUUCCACAGCAAGCUUUGGGAACUUUUCAAAGACAACGCGGCAGGAGUUGGUGCCUAUGCGCUCCCUUUGUGGGCCCAGCUUCUUGACCUCGAGGAAGAGUCAGGACGGUCAUCCUACCGGAGGAUGACUGCUCGUCAUUUUGGUGGACUGCAGCGCAGGGUACAUAUCCAGGCUCGCAUGGACGUUACCAUUCGAGUCAAGGAUGCACUGAGCAUACUCUUCUAUGCUGACCUCCUUUCGAUCGGAGACAUUCAGCCCUCCGUGGAUUGUCCAAACGACAGCAUCUUCCCAGAACCCAAACCUGAGGAAACUGAGCCAGUUGCUGUGACGCCAGAUACUGAAGAACGUUCGUCCUUGAAGAACACCUUCGGAGAUUUCCAGAUUGAGAAGGCUGAAGCAAAGGCCAGAGAGCAAACAUUGAGGCUGUAUUCAAUCUACAAAAUGUAUAUGUAUAUUAUAUGA